UCACUGUGGAGCCUGAACAGAACUCUCCGAAGAAGUCGAAAAAAAGGCACAUAAAAGGGGGCGAGAGUGAAAAAAAAAAAAGUGUGCAAAAUUUUCCGAGGUGUGUUUUUUUUUUCUCGGUUUCCGUGUGCAAAAGUGUGGUGAAACAUGUGAAAUUUGUGAUCCGAAAAAGAAGCGAAUUUGUGGUGCGCGCGGUGGCCAAACAACCCCCGAGGGUUCUUUUUCUAGAUAUUAAAUUUUUAAAAGGAAAUAGAAGUGGUGCAACAUGAGGUCGAAAAGGCAGCGGUGGUUCUGUGGUGGUUAUGUGAAAUAGUGUUGUUUUUCAGUGCGCCGCAAAAAAAACAACGUUUCCUCAAUGUGGAGUUUAGGGCACGAUGGUCAGAGAGACUAGACACUUGUGGGUAGGAAAUUUACCCGAGAAUAUCAGAGAAGAUCGUAUAAGGGAACAUUUUAAACGAUAUGGUCGAGUGCAAAGCGUUAAACUAUUGCCGAGGGUCGCCGAGGACAAGACGAGCGAGGUCCAGAUGGCGUGCACGGUGGCGUUCAUGGACAUCAAAAGUGCGUCCAAGGCGCACAAUUCCGAGCUGAAAAUCGACGACCGCACUCUGAACACAGAGUACUACGAACCUGCUGCCAUUCCGUCCGCGGCCUCGCCCCACCAGGGCACGCCACCACCGUACUCUACAUCUACCUCUCCUGGAUCUACCAGGUUUCCAAAUGGUCAUGGAUCCUCUGAAGAGCACGGUUUCCCUGACCCGAGCAACAUAGUAGUCGGCGGCGCCUCGACUCGUUUCUACGAUCGCACUGGCGGCAGCGUCGGUGCCGCCCCCACCUCGGCCGCCCCCGAAGCCGGUUCCGGUACCUGCAGAGGUGGCCGGAACCGCGAUCGGUUCCGUGGGGGCGGCUGUCACCGAGGCGGCGCGGCCGGCGUUUGGGGCGCCACCGCCCCCGUUACAACAUAUACGGACACGUCCAGGUAUAAUAAUAGUAAUGAAAGAAUACAGUCGGACACAACAGGGUAUAGUUCGGCGCCGUCGUCCGACACGAACGACCGGCGCAAUUCGGACAGCAACGUUAGGAAAAAGACCACAUCCAGGUCUGGCUCAAGAUCUCCAUCGCCCAACGGUAGUACCAGUACGCGAUCUCCAUCCAGGUCUGGUUCAAGAAGUAGCAGCAGUUCGUCGUCAUCAUCAACGUCGCGCGGUACCUCGUCGACUUCUUCGCCGUCGCGGACGCGCAGACAUCGCAAGCACUAUAAAAAAUCUUCUGCGCAGAACGCGACCGCGUCCGACGACCGGCGACCGCUCGGAAUUUGCGUGCGCAACUUGCCGGUACGUUCUAGCGAUACUUCGCUCAAAGACGGUCUGUUUCACGAGUACAAAAAGCACGGUAAAGUGACGUGGGUGAAAAUUGUCGGUCAAAAUGCUGACCGGCACGCGAUCGUUUGUUUUAAGAAACCGGAGGACGCCGAGAAAGCCUUGGAGGUCAGCUAUGAUAAGCUGUUUUUUGGCUGUAAGAUCGAGGUGGCUCCUUAUGCCGUAUGCGAUAUCGACGAAGUCGAGUGUCGCUACGAGUCGGAAAUCGACGAGUUCAAUCCGAAAGCGACUCGUACAUUGUUCAUCGGCAACCUGGAAAAAGACGUGACCGCAUCAGAUCUCAGGAAACACUUCGAUCAGUUCGGAGAAAUAAUCGAAAUCGACAUUAAGAAACAAGGGGCUGUGAGUUCGUACGCUUUUUGCCAAUACUCGGACAUUAUCAGUGUGGUAAAGGCGAUUCGGAAAAUGGACGGUGAACACCUGGGCAACAACCGGAUCAAGCUCGGGUUCGGUAAGUCUAUGGCGUAUAGCUGCGUGUGGAUCGACGGAGUCGCGGAAACCGUCAACGAAAAGUACCUGAGAAUGCAGUUCGAGUCGUUCGGCACGAUCACCAAAUGUAUUAUUGAUAGGGAAAAAGGGCAAUCGCUGUUGUUUUACGAGCACGUGUCGCAAGCUCAGCAAGCUGUUAAUAAAAUGCGGGGGUUCGUGUUGAAAAAUGUGAAGUUGCAAGUGGAUUUCGCGAGUCGAGAGUGUCAAGAGUGUUUUUUCGAAAGGCUUGAAAAACAAGGCACCGUAUUGGAUAGAGCGGGCUUCGAAGAUCGAUCGAGUACAAGGAGUUUUGAAUCUAGUGCACCAUCCAGGAUAUCCAGGUACGAUACUCCAACGCGUCCCAGAACAUCCAGCUACUCGAGUAGAUCAUCAGCAGCAGCAAUUGCCUCACCAGGGACACCAGGAAGUGCAACACCACGCGCUGGGCGAGGUCGUGUACGCUAUUACGAAUACGACUUGGAGUAUCCUGCCACUGCUUUAGUAGAAGGAAGUGUCAGGCAUACAACGAGCCAUAGAAGCUAUGACGAGUAUAGCCAAGGCUCGGCCGCCUCUCACGAAGAUCCUUACGAUCCCUACGAUCAUCCAGUAGCGUAUUUGCACGACAGCCCUGGCCACUUAGACUCGUUGGAGUUUCUUCAUCCGCAGGUACGUGUAGUACAAAACUUGGUGGACGCAGUUCCUUAUGCUCCGCACGACAUUCGCAAUUUGCAAAAGGAGCGCGUCCACCUUUUGGAGCAGCUGGAAGAUUGUCCCAGUUCGGGCGACGAAAUUAUCAGCCCUAAGAAACGUUUGAAGCUAGACCUAUUGGAUCCAACCCUCGGGGAUGUUAUCAUUGAAGCGAAUCGAGAUCACAACAGAAAGGUCAUGGAAGUGCGGAAACUCUCAGAGUCAACGCUACGUCAUCAUUCUCGUAGACCUUCAGUGGACAACAAAUAUAGUCACUAUGCCCCUCAUACAGUGGGCUGCAAACGAAGAAGAACGGGAGGCAGCGAUGGAGGAGUAACAAAGAGCACUCACUCACAUUAUGCUGAACAUUCUGACGGUUCAGAGCAAGCAACAGGUUCCAGACCGGGUACACCAUUGUGCGACGAAAAUCCUGAAUUCCCACCAGGAGAACCUCCCAAAAGAACCACAAGAGAACGAGGCGAAGGUCCCAUGCUGUUGCCUUUACCAAAAUGGGCAGCGCAAGUCAGGGUUACACCAGAAUUCCAACGUGGUACGAUUUCGGUAGCCGGAAUCAAGGGCCAAAAAGAGCACGUGAACCCUUUGGCUAGUCCGCCUCCGGCGGCGACCAGCCCUAGAGUUUCACAUAUGCACCUGCCUCGGCCUCCUAGUCCCCUGCAACAUGUUCCGCCUCCAGCUUCACCACCUCCGCGACCUCCAAGUUUAAGUUCGAAUUCUAGUGAUAGUGACGGAGCAACUGGCACCAGUCCUUCACUAGACGAAAGAAUUAAGUCGCUAGAUGAAAAAUACGAAAAAUGGUCGGGUAGUAGGGCACUAAGUGCUGCUGGAAAUGAUGCGCUGGCUUUACUGGAUGCGAAUAGGGAGAAAUUUAGGCUCAGGCACAAGUUGCUAGAAAUACAAGAUCUCAAAGAAGUACAACCGUCUGAAAUAGUGAAAAGUGUAAUGGCCAAAAGGUCAGUGUUUGAUGAAGAUUUAAAGCGGCUAGAGAGUGUGGGUGAAAAAUAUGAACCCAAAGAAUUCGGAUUAUUUUGCCGAUUACCGUCUACGAUUGCAACGCCAACAACACCUGUGAGCAGCGUGAGCACUAUCAGUGCCACUCCUCUAACUGUGAUUGCACCCACUUUGAAAAUUAUUGCUACCUCAGUCACCUCUCAGUUGCCCAAAACCCCUACCACAUUAUCACCCAGGUCUUCAGGUGUAACAACAUUACCCAUUGCAGCAAGUAGAGGUCUUCAAUAUCCUUUCCCCAGCCAUCCCCCGUUGCAAAUGUCACCAGUACCGCCACCUUCAGCACUAACAACAGCAACAACAACAAUAAUCACAACAACAACAACAACAAGUGUUAUAUCCACACCUCCGUCUCCUUCAACCUUAACAAUAAGUACAAGUAGUAGUGUUACUGUGCGGAACCCUAGUCACGGUGAAAAUAAUAGACUGAAACCGUCGGUGAACGUUCCCGGUGACUCCUCACGAACUUCUAGCAUAAAAAAUCGUAAUAGUGUAGCGCCUUCUGUAGUUAGUGACGUACCUAAAGCCUCAAAACCCAGUGAGAAAGUGAAUUUACGAAGGAAUUCGAGCAGUACUAGCCCUAGGGCGGACGUUAAAACGCGACGCAAUAGUGAUACGUGCGCCCGUCGGAUAGAGGACACUGAAAAAACGAAAAGCGAAGAGCAAAAACUCGCUGACAAGGCCAAAGAGGAAUUCGAGAAACAAACAAAAGAGCAAGAGGAAAAAGAACGAAUUGAAAAAGAAAGAUUGGAAAAAGAAAAACAAGAAAAAGAACGACUGGAACGGGAGAGAAAGGAAAAGGAACGCUUGGAGAGGGAGAGUGAAUUGGAAAAACAACGCUUGGAAAAAGAACGGCUAGAAAAAGAACGAAUACAACGGGAAAAAGAAAAAGCAGAAAAAGAACGAAUACGACAAGAGAAGGCUAAAUUAGAAAAAGAACGUCUAGAAAAAGAAAACCUGGAACGGGAACGCUUAGAAAAAGAACGUCUCGAAAAAGAAAAACUAGAACGCGAGCUUAAAGAAAAACUAGAAGCCGAACGAAAAGAAAAAGAAGAACGUGAACAAAAAGCAAAAGAAGAAGCAAAAGAAAAAGAGCGUAAAAGAAGUGAAGACAGAACCAAUACUAAAAAUAAAGAACCAUCAGACAAUCAUCACGAACGUAGUAGCAAACAUAGAGAAAAUCACAGUGAAUCUAAACAUAGAGAAAAUCAUAGCGAAUCCAAACACAGUAGUACAACCAAAGAAGAAAAACCCUCUAUCUAUCAAGAAAACACCCUCAACAAAUAUGUAAACCUGAAAACACAAAUUGAACGUGACGCUGAACGCAGAAAAGAAAGCAUCAAAGAAAACCGAGACAACAAUAUCCACGAUAAACACAAACUCGUAGCAAUCGAAACCAAAGAUAGAGCUGUAGUAGAAACUAGACACAUGUCCUUGGAUUUGGACAACAAAAACUCAAUUCUAGAUCCAAAUAGACGAAAAGAGCGCAACAAUAGCUUACCAAGUAAUGUCGGUUUGAAAAGACGCCUGAGUUCGCAUGAAACUUUAGAACAAGAUGAAGCUAAAAAAAUCAAACUACAUGAACACGAUAAAAAAGAACGCAGAGACUCAAAAGACAGCACUAAAAGUGACAAAAAGAGUAAACACAAAAACAAUUGUUCAAAUUCGCACGAGAAACACAGCGAGGAACGACGCAGAGAAAAAGAAAAGGAGCGUGAAGAAAGACACAAAAAACACAAACUAGAAAAACAAAAAUCUAAAAGUAAAAGCAGAGAAACAGACGGCAAAUCUGAAUCUCCAGUCGAUAUUCUUUUACCACCAUCAGACUCGAGUUCAAUAAACGACAAAGACUUUUUAGCCAAACUAAAUUUGCGCAGUAACGAAGAAAUCGAACGGGACAAAUUAAGAAGAGAACGGCGCUCCAAAGACAACAUGGACCCUGAUAAACACAAAAAAUGCGAUUCUCCAUUAAAAUCCCCACAAACCGACGUUGAAAAACACAAACACAAAAAAGAUCGCAUCAGAAAAAUCACUAAUAGCUCAGACAGUGACUCGGACGAGCCCAAGAAACAUUCAAUAUUCGACAUUGUGGAUGAUGGCCCACCAUACAUCUCAAUGUACGAUAAGGUGAAAGCAAGAAGUUGCAAGAAUAUGCAAAAGCAAGAAGAAGAAAAACGGCAAGAGAAAAUCAAAGCCAAAUUUAGCCAACUUAAAUUGAGCAGAGCAAGGAGGGAGGAAAAGAAACGUUCCACUUCUUGGGAUGAGGACAGUGACUCAGACAAGGAUGUAGAUGUUAAACGUAAAAGCAGAAAACUGUUAGACAGUUCAGAUGAAAGUCAAGAACGAAAAGGCCACCAUCACAAACGUAAAGACAUGCUUUAUAGCGAUUCUGAUAAUUCCUUGCACUUGCGCUCUAAAGACAGCACUGAUGAGGAUAUUAAAUUAAAACAUCCAAUGUUUAAAACAUCGAAAUCUAGAAUAGCUAGUGAUAGCUCGGGAGAUGAAUAUGAGAAACAAACUAUAAAUAAAUUAAAUUCUAAUACUGAAUAUGAGAAAAAAAGUAAAUCAUUAUUUGAUAAUGAUACUGAGCCAGAAUUGGAAGUUAAACACGAAAAAAUCACUUCUGUUAAGAGUGAAUUGGAAAGGCUGGUUAAAAAAGAGCGGAGAAAUAGUAAAUUUCAAGAGUUCGGACAAACAGAUUUUGAUGUGCUUCACACUGAACCAUCUGAAGUCAAAACUGAUUUCAAUAAUCGAUCAGUGUUUGAAAAUACUUCAGACGAGGAAAUUAAAAGAGAAAAAUCCGAAAAACGUGAAAAGAAACAUAAAAAGAAACAGAAGAAACAAAAACAUUCAGUCAGCAGUGAAGAAUCGAGCAAAAUCGAAACAACCGAUUCAAUGGUGGAUGAUCUGCAAGAGAAAAAGCAUCACGAAAAGAAAAAAGAUCACUCCAAAAAGGAUAAGAAACGUGAUAAAACAAAAGAAGGUAGAGACAAAUCGAAAAAAUCCAAGAAAAGUAAAUCCGAAGACAAAACUGAACCUAAACGCGAAGGCAAAAUGGAAAACAUCUUUGGAUCGCUAUCGGAAGAUUCUGAACCAUCUGGCAACAACAAACCUACGUUUAUUGUAGACGAAAACGCUCAGGUGCCUACAGUUUACAACACAGACUCGGACAAAGACAAUAAAAUCCAAGAGGAGCGUGAACAUAAACGCAAAAAAGAAAAGAGGCGGCGCGAAAAAGAACGCCGCAUACAAGAAGCUGCAGCUGCAGCGGCAGAAGAACCACCAAACAGUAACGAUAACAGCAUGGAUUUAGCCGAUAUGUCUAAGCAACUCGAAGCUAACAUUAAAGAUGACACUUCUGAGGUUGAAGUAGACAAUUUCGAUGAUGAUAUCAAAAAGGAACGAGAGGAACGUAAAGAACUGAAGGAAAAGAAAAAGAAACGCAAGAAGAGCAAAGACGAAAAGAAACAUCAUCACCACCAUCAUCACCAUAAAGUUUCCAAAAACUUAGAAGUGAAACAAGAAAUUCCUGAACCCCCGCCGCCUCUAUCUUUAGACAUUCCAGAAAUCAAAGUGGAAAAAGAAAAAAGUCCUCCGCCUCCUCCACCUACUACUCCAGGGAGCAGCCACAGUCAAAGUUUGCCGAGUUUAGUUGACGUACAAAGCCCCACAAAUGAAAAACCAGAAUUUAUCAUUUCUCCAAACACGCGCGAUAUGGUACCGCUUAUUAGUCCUAUACCAAAAACACCAACUUCUGCAAAAGUUAAACGGGAAAAAAUCCUGCCAGCAUUUGGUGCCGAAAUUGACGCUAUCAAGUCCAUAUCUGAACCUUCUUCAGUUAUUAUUAAUAGUAAAAUUGAAGAAGCUACUGAUGUAAAAAAAGAAGAAACCAAAGAUGAGGCUAGUGUAGACUUGCAACCCCAAGAUAAACCAAGAGUGGUUAUAUCGCAAGAAGAAACCGAAGAUGCUGUGGCAGCUUUACUUCAUUCGAUUGGCGGUAGCACACAUCAAUUCGAAUUUACAGAAGAGCAAAAUACUUCAACUGAAGAAGCACCUCCAGAGUUAGUGGAAGAAGUUAUAGUUCAAGACGACGAAGAAAUGCGCAAAGCAGUACAAAGUCUCGAAGUAGACGGGGAACUUUCUAAACCAGACACACCCCAAAGCGAACAUGAAUUGCAAAUCGAUACAGACACUGAAGAGGAUGCUUCGCAAAGCGAACAAAGACCUAAAACUCCUGAGGCGCAAUACUUUGAAAAAGUACCUUAUAAAAGUUUGCCAAGUCCACCAUCACUCACUCCUAUUAAGGCUGAAGUUAAAAAGAUUGUUGAGCCAGUUGAAUUAGAGCAAAGAACUGUUAUUGCGCAAACCUUUAAGGAAACAAAACCUGAAGUUGCUUUGGAACAAACCAAGCCAGUAGUAGUAGUGCCACCAAGCUAUCCACCAUUAACUAAACUUUUGGUACCAGUUGAGCCACCGGUUGUAGUGCAACAUUCACGCCACAACUUACCAGUACAAGUUUGCAAACCUCCAGAAGUCAAUAAUGCUGUUUUAAAUCGACUCCCAAUCACUCCAGUAAUGGUUUCAAAACCUCUACAACCUACCACAGUGUAUUUGCCUCAGCCUAAACUGGCUCAUUCUACAUCAGAACCACCAAAACUAACAACCACAGUUGAGAUGAGACCUAGAAUGGUUUAUCCACCUCAUUAUGCUUUCACUCCAGCCCAGCCUCCUCGAAUAAUGAGGCCAAAUCUAAGACAUCCUAGUGGUUUGCUAAUGCCCACACGUCAUCCUAAUUAUGGACAGUAUAUUUCGCCAACUUACGUUCAAUUACCACCCGAAAACGAACCACCAAGAACCAUUGCUCCAGUAAUCAACAUUCAAUCUACAAAUAAUCCCACUCAGGUUGCGUUUGUGGCACCAUUGUCUGCAAGGCAAAGUCCAAAGUCUGUUAUUAUCGAAGGGACGCCAAGUGUGGAUAGUAAUAAACAAGUUUCGACUAUUGUACAAGCACCACCUAAAGCUGUUACACCAGAUUUGCCUCAGUCGCCUGUCAAAGACUUGACUCCACCGGAACCAGUCAAAGAAGUUGUCGAAGAACCUCCAAUUGUUCAAAAAGAACAAAUAGCAGAAAUCAAGGAGCCGAUUCAUUUGGCUUUACCACCUUUGGAAUGUAGAACUUCAACUCCUAGUCCUGUUAUUGUGCCCAAUCCUGAAGUUAAAGCAGCCAUUGUUGAGCCACCACAAAGUCCAUUGAAGUUGGCCAUUGAAACAGUGACUGACGAAUUGAAUUUGUCUUUGGAGAAAAAGGAGGAAGUUAAAGAGGAGGAGGUUAAAGAAGACGAGAGCAAAAUUGAAGAGGUGAAAACUGAAGAAGUGCCUGUUGUGGUUGAUAAAGUUGAAGAUGAACCAAUAAAGGAGGAAGAUAAUAAACCUAUAGAAGUUAAAGCAACAAUUGAGGAGGAUCCUUUAGGCAGCAAAGAUGAUAAUGACUUUUGGUCAAAUAACACUGUCAAUAUUGAUUCUGUAAUAAAAACUUUAAAUUCUGCUGAUGAAUUGUCUGACAAUGAACACAAAGAUGACAAACCUCCAGCAAUAGUUGCAACAGACAAAGAGGAACUUCCAAAAUCACCGGAAAAAGCCGAAGCUCCAACAGAAGAAAACAAACCUACUGAAGAAAACCCAGAGGCAAACGAAAAAUCAAAUGAAGCAGAAAAAGAUCAAAAACUAGAACCAGAAAUUCUUAUACCAAAAAGCAGCGCACGUAGAGGUCGCGGUGGUAGGCCUAGAGGUACCACAAAAGCAAUCAAAACCACUACCGACCGUGGUGGUAUUCAGACUAGACGUGGUAAGCUUAAAGAAGCCCAAUCGACCCCUCAACCAGUUAUAAAUUCAACCAGCAAACGCGGUAGAGGCGGCAAAGUACGCGGCGAACGAAAAUCCAGCAAAUCAGAGUCAGAAUCAACAAACGACGUUUAUGAAUUCAAAGAAGAUUCUGACGACAACAAAGAACAUCGUCCCAGAUUAGUACUCACCAUUAAAUCUACCACAUCCAGCACUAGCAAUGCUCAACCAACAGCCAUUAUUAAAGAAAUUACAAAAGAUGGAGCAAAGGAAAUUGGCAAAGAAGUCGUAAAACCUAAAGAAGUUGUUGUUGAAAUACCACCGCCAGUGGUAGUUCAACAGCCUUCACCAGUUGCUGAAACAAAGGAAGAGUUCACUAGUCCACAAGCAGCAAACACAAGAAAAUCAAGACGUUUAGCUGAAAAAGAUAUUUCUAGAACCACUGUGGAUGACACCAUCGAGGAUGUAAUUAAAAAUACUCCUCUUACAAGAGCCAAUCAAAGACGCUCCGGGCGUCAGCCAAAGAAACCACCCGCAACUGUGGGUGUUAUAAGCGAUGAAACUCCCAGAAAAAGUCCUAGAGGUCGCAAGCCAUCACGCCGAGCCUCCGAAGCAGCUGAAAAUUCUUCAAGUGAAGAUUUAAAAGAGGAAGUUAAACCUGUUGAAACUCCUGUGGUGUCGCCUGUUAAACUAGCAGAACCUCCAAUUGAAAAACCUAUAAUAAUUGCUGCUCCUGUUGUAGAAGAGAAAAAGGAAAAGAAAGUGGAUCAUUGUAGUUUAAAAACGGCCAUGUUGAAACGAUUCAAAGGGGAAAUGUCGGCCAACAAGCAAGAGCAUACGAGUUUAAUCGAUCCUGUUACUGGAGUCAUGACUGUAGUAAAGGAAUUAGACGAAGGCAAAUAUAUUCCAUUGCCAGGAAGUUCGCCAGUAGUUGUGCCUGAAAAAAUUAACAACGAAAUCAAACCUAGUGUCAUAGCCCAGCCUCAUCAAGUCACUGUAGUGCAGCAAUCAACUCCUAAAGUUCACUCGUUAAAGGCACACGUUCUGAGCAGUCAAGCAGCCAAAGCUGUUGUAAGCGAAACCCCUAUAGUGCAGAAAGCACCUGUUGUGGACACUGUUCCAAGCGUUGUUACAACAGCCAAACCACUAGUAGUCACUCCCAACAACGUUCCUACUUCAGUCAACUUACAAAGUGUCGGUCCAAUGUCUCCACGUCCUGGAGCACCACCUGUAGGCGAAGUCAAACCACCAGUUUUAUCACCCACUCAACAUUUAUUGUUAAACAACCAAAAACAGAUGCUUCAAGCCAGAGAACAACAGCUGGCUCAUCUGGCUUCAAAACAAAUCGUCAACACCCAGUUGGCUCACAUGAAGCACCAGCAAGUACUUAUGGGUACCAAAACAAAGCCCCAACAUCCGUUGCAACAUUUGUCUAGUCCCGUUUUAAAAGCUCAAAGGAUUAUUCAAACCCCAACUGGUAAAGGAGUCAUGGAACCACCCAAGAUUGAUGUCAACUUGCCAAACAUCAUGUUGGCCAGGCCGAAUUUGAGUCCUUCUGGACCUCAAGCUAGAUUAGCUGGACUGCCAGUGCCUGCUUACGAAGCUAGUUUGGGCGAGCCAAUACCUCACUUUGCCCCAGGACCCCAUCUGAAUCCUGCCCAUUAUAUGCAUUCACAGCACAUGAUAUACCAACAAUUUAUCAGACAGCAACAGCAACAUUUCCAACAACGGGCAAGUCUUGAUAAAUCGGGCGAGGAAGGCGAAGAAGCUCCAGUGGGUUUAGCAUUGUCUGGCAGAGGUGCCGCAGUGCCUCAUCAUUCGCCUCAUGAUCGUGCCACAGAAUCACCUGCAAUUGGUCAAGUUUACAACACCCUUUCGGCCCGUCUACCACCCUACCAUACCAGAUAUUUCGAUCAACAACCCGCUGAACCUCCCCCGGCCCAUAGACCUUUAACAUCGCACGACCGAGCCGGAUUACCGCACAUUCCACCAUUGGGCACCCCCGACAGGCCUCUGGGGGCUCACGGGGCCGUGCAUUCCACCACCGCCCAUUUAAUCCCAGACAGACCUACAGGAGUGAUACCAGAAAGACCUUUGAGCGCCCAUUUGGCACACGGAACACCUGAACGGACUCAAACAUCUUAUGCUGCUGAUCGACUUCUUGUUGGAGCAGGUUUAGGUGCAGCCGGUAACCUAAUGGGUGCAGUGGCCAAACAUAUUGGCAUAGAUGCUUCAAAUCAACGUGGUAUUCAAGCGGCCACGCCGCCUCUAGCCAGCCAGGUGCCGCCUCAAGCGGAAAGUCUUUUCAUGCUCCUCAAACAAUACCCGUUAAUGUGGCAAGGCCUGUUGGCUCUCAAAAAUGACCAGGCCGCCGUGCAGAUGUACUUUGUGUCUGGUAACGAUGACGUAGCGAACAGUAGUUUACCGAAAAAUACCGAUGGUUCAACGCCACCCCUUAGAAUAUUUCAGAGGAUGCGAUUGGAACCGAUGCAAGUUGAAGGGGUGGCCAGGAAAAUGCAGAUGGAAAAAGAACAUUGUAUGUUGUUGGCCCUCCCUUGCGGCCACGACCACAUGGACGUACUUAAACAAUCCAACAAUCUAACAUUGGGCUUCAUCACUUACCUACAACAAAAACAAGCCGCUGGCAUUGUAAAUGUAGCCGCCCCUGGAACCACUCAUCCGCCUGCCUAUGUGGUCCACAUUUUUCCAUCGUGUGACUUUGUCAAUGAAAAUCUUCGCAGGAUUGCUCCAAGUUUAUUGGAACGAGUGGCCGACAUUGCCCAUCUAAUGAUAGUCAUAACUACGGUUUAAACAAAAAAAUCCCGAAUGUGUCUUUGCUAGUCUAAAUUUUGAUGCCUCGAGUUCUCCGAGAUUUUGGUGUUUCUCUCGGUUGAAAUAAUUGGAUGUACGAGAAAAGUGUGUAUAAUACAACAACAAAAAAAAAAACACUAUGCUUAAACUGUUUAAAAAAAAAAAAAAAGUUUCACUGUGAUUUCUAAAAGAUGCGUUACUAUAUUAUAAAAAUGUUUAAAAAAAUCUAAAAAAAAAAAAAAUUAAUUAAUUAAUUAACCUACAUAAGAAGAUCUCAUAUUUGAACUUAGUUUUGUAUAAAAAAAAAUAAUAAUAUCGAAGAGUUUUUUUUCUUUGUUUAGGAGAGGAUCUUUAUUUUUCAUAUUAGCGGUUUAUUUUCUAAUUUAAAUUAUUUUUAAAAGGGUGGCAUAAGAUAAUUUCAGUUCUUUUGCCUACCCUAACAAAGUGGAUAGUGUAGGCAAAAUAUAGUCGCCACCCUCUUAACUCGUGAACCAUCCUUACAAUAUUUGUAAAGAUGGUACGCCGGUAACCAAAAAAAAUUCAAUUAAUUGUUUAAAUGUGGGGUUACAUGGUUUGAAAGUUUAUUUUUUAUAUACGCUUCUUGUUGUUAAUUUAUUUAUUAUUAAAAGGAAUUUUUCAGUUAUUUGCCACCUUAUUGGCGAAAUGUAACAUAAAUGCAGCUUGGUUUUUAAGGGCUGUAAUUAAAAUUUAAUUUGUCGAAAACUUAGGAUGUAUAUUUUUUUUUCUGGGAAUUUAUUAUAGAAGUGUAAAUCUUUUUUUUUUGUACGGGAAAAAUAUGAAGCAACCCUUUUAUUAUUAUUAAUUAUUAUUAUUAGGUUUGUUCCAACUGACAUGUGAACCGUUCUAGAACGGUAAUUUCCAGUCAAUCAAUACAUUUGUCAUUGGAAAUUACUGGUUCUGGAACAGUUUUCAUGUCGGUCGGAACAGAGCUAUUUACUCUUGUAAAAUAUUUAAAACAAAAAAAUGUGAAUAGCUAGCUAGAAUUAUUUUUUAAUUUAUAAUUACUAAGGUUUUUUUUUUUUUUUUUCGAGUUUACUUUUUCUGUUGGGCGAAUUUUCUGUACAGUGUAUUUAGGCUGUAAGUAAAAAUAAAAAUAAAAUAACUUUUACUAUAGCGAGCGUUACAGAAAAAAAAAGAAGUUUACUUAUAAUAGGGAAAAUUGUGAUGUCUAUAUUACUUGUGUAAAUUUUGUACAUAAACAAAAAAAAAUACUGUGUAUUGUGAGUAUACAUUAUUAUAACUAUUACGAUUAAUUUUUAUU